AUGCCGGCCCCAUCCCUCCCCCCGGCCCCUCCCACACAACUAACCUCCCGUCCCAACUUCUCCGACCUCCCCAUGGAGAUCCAAUUGAUGAUCUGGCAGUUCGCCGUCGCCUCCGACCCCGCGCCCGCCCUAAUCCUCCGCUCCUACACUCUCAACCAGCAAACACAGAUGCUGAGCGGGCGCGCCGACAUCCCCCCGCUGCUGCAUGUGUGCUAUCUCUCGCGCCUGCUGGCAAGCCAACGCUGGACGCUGGUGUUUCCGUAUGGAGUUACGGCAAUAUUGGAGAGUGAGUGGAAGGAGAAGGUCCGUAGAGAGUGGGGCGGGGCAGUGAAGUUUCAGGGGGACUGUUUCCCCGAUCUCCCCAUCGAGAUCCAAGCGAUGAUCUGGCAGCACGCCAUCCAUUCUGUCCCAGGCCGUGACUUCAUCAUCCGCUACUCCUCGAUUCCCCAAGCUCUGCAGAUAGGCCCAGCUCAAAUGCGGUGGACCGAGAUCAUUUCUCCUACAUGGACCACGAUCCCGGCGCUCCUGCAUACAUGCCAGCUCUCGCGGCUGCUGGCGCAGGACCGAUGGACGCUAGACAUGCCUAGUGAUCCGGAGGAUGGGAGGAUGGUGUUUGUUGAUUCGAAGACGAAUUGGGUUGACUAUUUGGGGUAG